AUGCGGGUUGCUCUCGAGGAGGCCGUUGAUUCGGGACACGUAGACGAAUCAGCGGUGGAACCAAUCCUAGUGGUGGCGAAGGUUGCCUCGUUGCAAUAUGCGAGCGUUGACAGCAGCGACCAGCUACACGUCGCCGCCAGCCAGGGGCAGGAGGGGAGAGUGGCGACCCUUUUGGCCGGAGGAGCUAAGAAGAAUGGUCUCGACGCCCAGGGGCGAACGCCUCUUCACCUUGCGGUCGAAAACGGGCAUCUCUCUACAGUGAAGGCCCUGUUGGCUGCCGAUCCGGACACCAGCGUCCGCUACAGGAUUUGGAACAGGAGCUACUCGGUUCUCGACUUAGCCGCUCAGAAGGGGGACGCGUGUGUUUUGAGGGCGAUACUCCAGCACGGCGUCGACGUGAAUCGCCGCACAGACGGCUACACCAGCCUUCAUGUCGCCGCCCUCAAUAACAGGGUGGCUGCGAUCGACGUGCUCGUCGAAGCCGGUGCGCACGUGGAGGUCGAGGACGACGACGACUGCACACCGUUCCUGGACGCUUGCAUCAACCAUUGCCACGAGGCCGCCUUGGCCUUGUACAAGCACGGGUCAAACAUCGAGGCGAGGGACAUUCGUGGCGAGACGCCUCUGAUAAUCGCGGCCAGACAGGCCGGGAGGCAAGGCGUCACGGCAAUAGUUGACAUGUUGCUGAGAUGUGGAGCCGACGAAACGGCGCUCAAUCCGGACGGUCGGACCGCUGCAGAGGUAGUCGGUCACCAUAUUGAAUACGCCGCGUGUCCGCUCAACAAGCAGGACGUUGAGCGCGUGCGCGACCUCUUGGAGAAUGCUCCCGUGGAUAGGGCGUGGCGCCGCCGAGGAUUCCUGGUCCUUUGCCGUGCAUUCUGGAUCAAGGCACGGCGUUUGAGAGCUGCCAGCAGCAACGCCAGUAGUAAUGGACCCCGGGUCAGGAGCCUUUCUACAGGUGCACGUAUUUCAGGUGCCGGCGGCGAGUUAAGGGAGGACGACGACAAGGGGAGAAGGAAACAGGGAUGCGGUCUCGUCGGUGGCGGCGUGGGCGAGCGUAAUGUUCAAGCCAAGUGCUGGAGUUGGCGGAGGAGGGUCUGUUCCGCGCCAUCGUGGGUUUCCUGUGAAGAUACGAACCGAACUUGGCGACAGCCACGUGAGACGGCAAGUGUUUUUCGUGCCGCCCUCGUGGUGGCAAUGGUUUGUUCUACCAUGGCUUCUUCUUGCGAUACCCUGCUAGGUGCGGGUCAUGAAUGGCGCACAGCAUUGUGGAAGGAUUUUGUCAUCCUCUGUCAACGGUCCUCAAUUCGUUCUAGAGGACGGCCAAGGCUAGUCCAGUGA